AUGGAGCAAAAAAUAUUAAAUCAAAUUUUAGAUAAGUUUGGAGAUGGUGACCAAGAAACAAGCGAUAUUAGACACCACGAUAGUGGAGAUGAAGGAGAUGACCACAGCGACAAUGAUAACAAUGCUAACGAAUGUUGUGACGAUGAUGAACAUAAACAUAAAGAUUUCGAACCAGAUGUAGAGGCAAUGACUGACGAACAAUAUAUGGAGUAUAUUCAAGAAAAAGAACAACCAAAAUAUAAAUCAGGUGGUAAUACUGGUGUAAAGGGUGUAUUAUCAGAUUAUGCAGAACACAGAGAAAAAGAAAAACAAAAAUAUCUUCAACAAAAAAGAGAAGCAAUAGAAAAAUUAGAAAAGAUGUGUUUUACAACAAGAGACCAACCUGAACAACAACCAGAGGAGGAUUUAGAUAGUGAUGAAGAGGAUUUAGAAAGAAUACGUAGAUCUCGUUUAGAACAAUGGAAAAAUAAACAAACACAAGAAAGUAAACCUGUAAAGAAAGUUUUCGGCUAUUUAAAGCAAAUUGACUCUUCACAAUAUAUUGAUGAACUAGAUAAUGAACCAUCAAAUGUUUUUGUUAUAGUUCAUUUAUAUCAAACUUAUAUUCCAGAAUGUGUUUUAGUUAAUCAAUAUCUUACUCAAAUGGCAAUUAAAUAUAGAUAUGUUAAAUUUUUAAAAAUUGUUAGCACUGAAGCCAAAAAGAACUAUCACGAUGCAGCAUUACCAAGUAUUUUAGUAUAUAAAGGUGGUGAAUUAGUAAUAUCAUUUGUACCAAUUACUGAAGAAUUAGGAAGAAGUUUCGAUAAAGAAGAUUUAGAAUUAUUAUUUGCAUCCUAUGAUAUCAUACCAAAUCCAAUGAAAAAGACAAAUGAUUGGGAAAGCUCAUUAUCAAGACAAAAACAAUUUGAAUCCGAUUCAGAUUAUGAUGAUUAA